AUGAAUAUCUUCAACAACCAUACGCGAGAUGAAGAGGUUGUAAGUGACGCAGAGAAGGGCGACAUAAAUGAAGAAAAUACUGGAUCAGAGUAUGAACUCGAAGGUCGACUUCCAGCUACAAAGAUACGAUCCUCAGAGGGAAUUCCUAGUAUCAGGGAGCAAGACAUGAGUGAUGCGACACCACAGCAAAAGGUCAAUGCGACAGACUGGAAUGGAAUUAAUGAUCCAGACAACCCGCAUAAUUGGCCCAUGUCACAGCGUGUAUACCACACUGUGAUACCCUCCCUCUUCGGAUUCGCAGUUACAUUCGGCACAUCAGUAUAUACACCCGCUCUCGCCGAUAUCAUGCACGAAUUCAAAGUUUCACGUACGAUAGCACUUCUUGGUCUCGCCAUCUACACAUUAGGCAUCGGUGUCGGGCCUAUCAUCACGGCACCUCUGAGCGAAGGCCACGGCCGCAAAGUCGUAUAUAUGAUAUCCUCUCCGAUCUUUAUGCUCUUCACAAUGGGUGCGGGGCUCUCGAAUACCUUCGCAGGUUUUUGCGUGUGUCGCUUCUUCGCGGGUCUAUCAGGGAGCCCAGCGCUUGCGGUGGGCGCGGGGACAAAUGCAGACUUGUUCCCGCCGCAGCAACGGGCUGUCGCUGCAAGCUUGUUUUUGAUGGCGCCUUUUGCAGGGCCUUCGCUGGGUCCCAUCGUUGGAGGAUUCGUCGCACAGUAUAAGGGUUGGCGCUGGACGCAAUGGUGCAUGCUUUUCAUCACCCUCGUCAUCUUUAUUGGUGCUCUUCCCAUGAAGGAGACGUAUAAACCCAUCAUUCUGAAGAAAAGGGCGAAAAUGUUAGGUUAUCACAUCAAGCCAAGCGCUGAAGGUCCGAGUCUAAAGCGUACGAUCAUCCUAAAAUAUGCUCGACCGAUGCAUAUGCUAUUCACUGAGCCCACAGUGUUCUUCUUCUCUCUUUACACAUCAUUCGCUUUUGGGGUGCUGUUCCUGUUCUUCGCCGCCUUCCCAUACAUAUUCUCACGCCCACCAUACUCCAUGACAGUUUCUCAAAUCGGCCUGACGUUCAUUGCCAUCGGAAUCGGUGUUUUGUUAGGUGGUAUAACAUGUGUCAUCAUCGAUCGAAAAUACUAUCAGAAGAAGCAUCAAGAGGCAUUGUCCGAAGGUAGGUCACAUGCAGAUCCAGAGCAUCGACUGUACAGUGCUAUGAUUGGUAGCUGGGGCAUUUUUAUCGGACUAUUCUGGUUUGGGUGGUGCGCUGAAAAAGGCGUACACUGGGCCGCUACUUUACUAGGUGCCAUACCAUUCGCGUGGGGUAACCUCUGUCUCUUUACAUCUGCGGUGCUCUACCUGGUGGAUGUUUACGGCCCACUUAAUGGCUCCUCUGCUAUGGCGGCAAAUGGCGUUUCGAGGUACGGCCUAGGGGCUGUAUUUCCACUGUUCACUUUUCAAAUGUACGAGACUCUCGGCAUCGGCUGGGCAACGUCACUCCUUGGCUUCCUCUCGCUCGUCAUGAUUCCGAUUCCGUAUCUAUUCUUUAAAAGGGGCACUGCGAUCCGGGCGAGAAGCAAAUAUCCCGUCGCUACGUGA